GGAAAUCACGGUGACUGAACAAGUGACUUUGCAACUAGCUAUCUUAUAAUCAUCUGGCAAGCAAACUGUUUAGUUUUGGCAUCAGUAUAUGUGGUGCAGCACGCUGAACACUGUUAAACUAUGGGAAGUACUAUUUUAAUCUACUUCAUUCUGCUGUGCAUUACAAUUGAGAGCAGCCAUGGAUGCAACUGUGACCGUUAUCCAUGGAGCUCAUGGUCCAGCUGUUCAAAAACUUGCAAUUCUGGAACACAGAGCAGGCGUAGGCAACUAAAUAUGGAUGAGUAUUAUAGAAAAAACUUUUGUGACCAACUAUGUGCAAAGGAGGAAUCCCAGGCAUGUAACCAGCAGGCAUGUCCUAUCAACUGCCAGAUUGGAGACUUUGGACCUUGGUCAGAAUGUGACCCAUGUGUUAAAAAACAAUUUCGGACAAGGUCUCUGCUACACCCAUCUCAGUUUGGGGGCCAGCCCUGUACUGAGCCGUUGGUGGAUUCCCGGAGAUGCUUCCCAACGAAACUUUGCAACAUUGAGGAAGUUGACUGCAGAAACAAGUUCCAGUGUGAAAACGGUCGCUGCAUUGUCAAAAGUCUAGAAUGCAAUGGAGAAAAUGAUUGUGGUGACAACUCAGAUGAAAGGAACUGCAGGCGGAUAAAGACUGUGUGCAACAGGAGAUACGACAGCAUCCCCAGUGUGCAGUUAAUGGGCAAUGGAUAUAACCUUUUGGCAGGAGAAAGCUGUGGAGAAGUCCUUGGUAACUCAUUCUACGGGGGCAAAUGCACUACAGUAAAAAGCAGUGACACCAGGAAAUUAUUCCGUGUUCCUGCAAAUAUUGAGACUGUCAGCUUUCAGGUGGAAAAUGAAGAAGAUGAUGUAAAAUCAGAUUUCUACAAUGAUUUAAUUCCUCUGAACUCUGAGUCUGCUUCAAGUAGUUCAUCCUCGUCCUCUGGUAGAAGCUCUUCUGGGAUCCCAUUUCUUUUCUCGAAAAAGAAAAAAGUAAAAGUUACAUCAUCUUCCUCCUUCAAAGAAGCUAUUGAAGCGUCCUAUAAAAAGAAUUCUAACUUUAUUAGGGUCCAUAAAGUGAUUGCAGUUUCAAACUUCACAAUGAAGGAGUCAGAUCUACAGCUCUCUGAUGUCUUUCUAAAGACACUUAACAAUCUGCCUCUAGAGUAUAACUAUGCUUUAUAUAGCAGAAUCUUUGAUGACUUUGGAACUCAUUACUAUGCUUCUGGAUCGAUGGGUGGCACAUAUGACCUUCUUUAUCAAUACAGCUCUGAGGAAUUGAAGAACUCAGGUUUGACAACACAACAAUCAAAUGAAUGUGUUCGGACAGAAACAACUAGGCGUGUGUUUUUCAGAAAGAAAAAGAAAGUACAUACUACCUGCACCACAAAUAGACUGACUGAACACCAUGAAGGUUCUAUGUUGCAGUCAGCUGAACGAUCUAUUUCACUAGUGAAAGGUGGCAGGACAGAAUAUGCUGCAGCUCUGGCUUGGGAGAAAAAGGGGUCUUUUCCAGAGCAUAUUGUAUUCACAAACUGGCUGGAAUCAACAAAGGACAAUCCUGUUGUGGUUGAUUUUGAGUUGUCUCCCAUCCUGGACUUGGUAAAAAACUUCCCAUGUGCUGUUACUAAACGCCGCAACCUCUGGAGAGCCCUAAUUGAAUACAUGGACCGAUUUGACCCUUGUAAAUGUGCUCCCUGUCCCAAUAAUGGCAAACCUGUGUUAUCUGGAACAGAGUGUCUGUGUGUGUGUCAAGCUGGAACCUAUGGGAAUAACUGUGAGAAACGAGCACCAGAUUACAAAUCAGUUGCAGUAGAUGGCCACUGGAGUUGCUGGUCAGCAUGGAGCCCAUGUGAUGGGUCUUUCAAGAGAAGAAGGACCCGUAUGUGUAACAACCCAUCACCAAUGAAUGGAGGAAAGCCUUGUGAGGGUGAACAUGAGCAAGAGGAGGACUGUUAUGUUUCAUUGUUUGUGGACAAAGGGGCUCCAUGUAUAAAUGAUGAUGAAGCAAGGAAGGAAGUGGAUGUUUUCAUUGGUGAACCUGAAUCUGGAUGUUCUAAGCCAGUCCCACCAGAAAAUGGAUUUAUCAGGAAUGAAAAAAAUUAUUAUGCUGUGGGAGAAGAAGCUGAGAUUGCCUGCAUGACUGGAUAUGAUCUCAUUGGGUAUCAGUUCCUUAGGUGUCUACCAGAUCAAACCUGGAUCCAGCAGCCCAUUGAGUGCCAACCAUUACUCUGCUCUAAGCCAUCAGUAUCCGAUGUUGUUGCAAUCUCCCCAUUUAAACACGAAUACAACAUGGGUGAAACCAUCCAGCUAAGAUGCCCAGCUGGCUUUGUUAUCACUGGACAAGCAUAUUACACUUGUGGGAAAGACCUGUCUUGGAUCCCUCCUAUUUUGAGAACACUUACCUGUGAAAAAGAUGAGCAAACUAAAGCUAGAGGUAAUUGUAGCCCAGGACAAAAACAAGUUGGAUCUCAAUGUGUUUGCAUGUCACCCUCAGAGGACUGUGGCCACUACUCAGAAGAUGUCUGUGUAUUAGAUGCAGUUUUGGAACGUUCCUUGACGAAGCCCAGCUGUCAGUAUUUAGCUGAAAAAUGCCUCAAAGAGCAGCCACUCCAUUUCUUGCAUUCUGGCCCCUGCCGUGCUGACACUAACCUAAAAUGGCCUAUUGAGAGGACAAAACUUUCCACAAGUAGCUCAAAGAAAGUGGCCUGUGGAUAUGACACGUGCUAUGACUGGGAAACAUGUUCAGGGUCACAGUGCUUCUGCCUGAUGCCAAACCAGUGUCCAGAGACUCAGGACCAGCUUUAUUGUGUCCAAAUGGAAUCUACGGGUAGAAAGAGGACCUCCGGUCUGUGUGCAUUAGGAGCAAUGAAGUGUGCUGAAAUGAGAAUAGAAGUAUUGCAUCCAGGAAAGUGUGUGGGCUAACAGAAAGAU